GAAAACUCUGAUGCAGUGUAGAGAGUAGACAGAAGGGGCUGCCUUGUGCACAUUGCCUCUUUCCCUCAGAUCUGUUGCUUUUGUUGUCUUCUCAAGAAUUUUGACGAAUCGUCGUCAUGAAUACGGCGAUUAGGGUUUAUCUGCUUCUUUUCAUCGUUCUCUCUUACUCCUACACCGCUUUCUCUCUCUAUGAAGACCAAGUCGGCCUUAUGGAUUGGCAUCAACAGUAUAUAGGCAAAGUGAAGCACGCAGUUUUCCACACACAGAAGGCGGCGAGAAAGCGCGUUGUCGUAUCCACUGAGGAAAACGUCGUCUCCUCGCUUGAUCUUCGCCAUGGCGAGAUUUUUUGGAGGCAUGUUUUGGCACCCAGUGACGUCAUCGAUCAAAUCGAUAUAGCUCUCGGAAAGUAUGUUAUUACUCUGUCAUCUGGGGGAAGUAUCUUAAGAGCCUGGAACCUUCCUGAUGGUCAGAUGGUGUGGGAGUCAACUCUUCUUGGCCCAAAGCCUACGAAGCCAUUAUUACUAGUUCCGGCUAAUUUUAAGGUUGACAGGGAGAAUGUAAUGUUUGUCUAUGGAAGUGGAUUUAUUCAUGCUAUCUCAAGCAUUGAUGGUGAAGUUAUCUGGAAAAAGGAAUUAGCUUCUGAAGGGAUCAAUGUCCAACAACUAAUUUAUACAGAUGGGAGUGAUACAAUCUCUGCAGUGGGUUUUGUUGGUACCCACCAGUUCGGUGCUUAUAUAUUAGAUGUUAAGAGUGGCAAGCUGUUGAAAUAUAAGAGCAUGGAGUUUACUGGUGGUUUUUCUGGGGACUUGUCACUUGUGACAGACGACACAGCAGUAGCAAUAGAUUCUGUUGGUACAAGCUUGGUUACUAUACAAUUCCACGAUGGGCUGAUUAGCUUCCACCAGACACAUCUCUCUCAUCUCAUCCAAGAUUUACGAAGGGCAGCUGUUAUAUCACCAUCAAAUAUUCCGGGAGCGUUUAUUUUAGAAACUGAUAAUUCUGUAACCCUUAUUAAAGUUAUAAGUAGAGGAGAGUUGAAGGUUGUUGAAGAACUUGGUCAUGCAACUGCUGUGAGUGAUGCUCUCUUUCUCCCAGGAGGCCAACAAGCAUUUGCUUUGGUUCAGCAUCGUGAUGGUAAGAUUCUGCUGACUGUGAAGCUUGAUAGUGAGGAUGGAACAUCCAAUUUACUUGAGGAAACAAUUCAUUUGGAUAAUCAAAGGGGAAAAGUACAAAAGGUUUUCAUCAAUACAUAUGUCCGCGUGGACAGGUCAAAUGGAUUCAGGGUUUUGAUUGUCAUGGAAGACGAUUCGUUAUUUUUGUUACAGCAGGGCGAGAUCGUCUGGAGUAGAGAAGAUGGACUUGCUUCCAUUGUAGAUGUAAAACCCGUAGAGUUACCCGUUGAAAAGGAUGGUGUAUCAGUGGCGAAAGUAGAGAACAACCUUUUUGAAUGGCUUAAGGGUCAUCUGCUGAAGCUCAAAGGAACUCUAAUGAUAGCAACCCCUGAUGAUGUGGCCGCUAUACAGAAGAUGAGGUUACAAAGCUCUGGGAAAAGCAAGAUGACUCGGGACCGCAAUGGGUUCAGGAAGCUUCUUAUAGUACUUACACGAGCAGGAAAACUUUUUGCACUGCACACUGGAGAUGGGAGAAUUGUGUGGUCUCGGUUAGUUAGGACUCUUCGCAAGUCAGAGAUGUGUCAGAGUCCUAGAGGGAUUAGCUUACAUCAGUGGCAGGAUCCUCAUCAUCAUGCUUUAGACCAGAAUCCAUCUGUUCUGAUUGUUGGAAGAUGUGGAGACAGUCUAGAUUCUGCUGGAUUGCUAUCUAUUGUCGAUGCGUACACUGGGGAGGAGCGCAAUCAUAUGGAACCUGUUCAUUCCAUUGUGCACAUUAUUCCAUUGUCUUUUACUGAUUCACUGGAGCAGCGAUUGCAUUUGCUAUUAGAUGCUAACAGGCGUGCUCACUUAUAUCCGAGAACUGCUGAGGCUCUUGAUAUUUUUCAGCGAGAAUCAGGGAACAUAUACUGGUACUCUGCUGAAACUGAAGAGGGUACUCUAAGGGGUCAUAGUGUGCAUAAAAAUUGUGUUCUAGAGGAGGCAGAUAACUUCUGUUUUGACUCGAGGGACUUAUGGUCAAUUGUGUUCCCCUCAGAGUCAGAAAAGAUUGCUGCAACUGCAACAAGAAGUUUAAAUGAGGUAGUUCAUACACAAGCAAAAGUGACUGCCGACCAGGAAGUCAUGUACAAAUAUGUAUCAAAAAAUCUGUUGUUUUUGGCAACUGUUGCGCCUAAAGCUGUUGGUCCUAUUGGUUCUGUUACCCCAGAUGAAUCAUCUUUGAUUGUUUAU